AUUAUUCGGUUAACUGUUGGCAGAAAUAUGCCACCAAAGUUCACUUCACAAUGUUUUUCUGUUAUAACAUUUUCAAUGAAUCUGCGGGCAUGCUGCUUUAAAACCGUUUUAAAGUUCAUCAAAGUAUGUUAUAUCGACUAUUUCAUGUGAAUACGCACAGGAUGUGUUAUUAAUUGUGUACACCAUGAAAAUGGUUUAUAACGUCAAAAAGACUAUUUUCUGAAGUGAAAACAUAAUUUUCAAGACUGUUUGAAUGUGAUUAUUUGUGGAUAUUCCCGAAGUUAUAAAACAGACUGACCUGUUUCGAGAAUGCUAUAAUGGAAAGUGAAGAACUGGAUUCAGAUAUGUUUGCGAAUUGGGUGCGAGGCUCAAAAGGACUAGAAUACUUACAGGAAGGUCUUCAAGAAUUUGUUGGAGAAAAGGUACUGCAAUGUCGUGAUAAUACUCUUCAAAAGAUUAUAUUGACAUUGUCAUCUCGAUCACCACAACAGUGCAACCAGUGUACGUCACAUAAUCUUUCUCCAGAUCAUUUAAACACUUCAAAGGCAUGUAGUAGACGCACAUGUCACCAAAAGAACCCAACCAACUGUUUUGGAAGCAGACCAGUCGGACGUAGGAAAUGCCCUGAUGGCAUUUGUAGUAAAUUCUACGACUCAAUUUUAGACGAGCAUGCAUUUGAAGAUCCCUUAUGGAAGAACACUGACCCAAGUACGUGGUGUUCGGACCCUAAUGGGUGGAGUUAUGCAAAAUGUUUCCAAACAACUAAAGGUCCAGGGAUAUCAGCUAAAGAUACAGAUGCUGCUGGCCUGCUUAGCAUUAUCAUAAACAACAAGGCAAUGCAAAACUUUGUGACCAGUAUUAACCCUCAUAACAACACUAGUCCGUUUCAUUUGGCGAGAGAUAUCCGUAAUAAAAUCUUGCAUAGCUCAAAGCUUGAAAUCGACGAAACAACUGUGUGCUCUUAUUUGGAUGCGUUCAUUGUAGUUCUUCAAGAUCCAAAGUGUUUGAUUAACGACGAGGCAUCAAAGAAAGCGGUUCAUAAACUAAUACAGUUAAGAAACAACACAAUACAUAUAAGCCAAGGAGACACAGUGUCACUUCUUGAGAACAGAAAUAAGGCGUUAACCGAACUUGACGAAAGAACAGCAGAAUCAUUGCGUAAACUUGAUGAGAAAGCGUUAGCUGUACGAAAUACAUUAAAACUAGAUGUUGAUAAAUUUAAAAAUGCCGCUUUAGUUGAGGUUGAAAACGCUGGGACAUCGGUAAAGCAAUCACUUAUGGCAGAGAUUACCACAGCCGGGAAACAGGGAAUACAGGACAUUGCUUUGAAGACUAAUGAUGGUUUAUCUAAAAUAAACACAGCCGGGAAUCAGGUAUUACAAGACAUAUCCGAGGCAAAAGGCGAUAUUGAUGGACAAAAAAGAGGAGCUAUCUCUGAUAUUAGUAAAGCAAAAGACGACGUUUUAUCUGCAAUCACCAAGGCUGGUAUAGAAGCAAAAGCAGAUAUUUCAAUGGCGCCUAGUGCUGCUUCAUCUGAUAUGAGCGGACAUGAUGUUCUAAGAAAAUCAUUUUUACACAAAGGUCUUAUGAAGCUCAGGAGUGUGUUCAGCUCUUCAAGUCCAAAGUCACUCUUAAAGGGACCUCAAAGCCGAUCUGGGAAAGCGUCAGAACUGAAGGAUGAUUUAAUUGCAUGGUACAAAACCAAUCAGAGUACAGUUACUCUUUCACCUAUCACUGAUGCUGUCCCUACCCCUCUAGCUGGGUUCUACAUAAUGCCAGAAAUCGACAUACAGAAUUAUCUGCCAGAUGGAAGGAAGGAAACAAGUCGAGUCAGUUCGUUACAGGACCUGUUAACAUCGGGUGGAAGAGGUCCACGGGAAAUAUAUCUAUCAGCAGUCGCUGGAUUUGGGAAAACAGCAUUUUCAAAAUAUCUCGCCUUGACGUGGUGUCAAGCUCAUCAAAAUGAUGAAAAUUAUAAGCAUUUUAAAGAAGAAGAGUUGAUGGCGUUAUCUGGCUUUGAGUUCUUAUUUCUAGUGCUAUUGAGAGAUUCAGCUAAAGUAUGUGAUGUUGACGACAUGAUUGAAGAACAACUGAUACAAAAUCUGCCUUGCACAUCCUCAAUGCCAAAAGGUGUUUUAAAGGACAUUUUACGUGAUGAAAAAUGUCUUGUAAUAUUAGAUGGACUAGAUGAAUGGACUCAUCCUGACAAAGAUUGUUCAAGACUUCCUAAAAGUAUUCCACAUCGAUAUGCACGUGAAAAGUGUGUAAUCUUAACAACGACUCGGCCAUGGAAGCUUGGAAUGUCAAACUUGAAUCAAAUAGGCGAAACAGUAGAGUUAGUUAAUCUAAAUAAAGACAAUGCCUGGCAGUUUAAGUGUAACGCCAUGAAAAUGUUGGAUGUAAACCUUCGAGAUGAUGAACUGGAAAAGGAAGUGUGUAGAUUUGAAGAAGCAAUCAGUGACCAUGACCUCGAAAAUAUGGAAUCCACCCCUCUCCUGUUACUCUAUCUUUUAUGUUUAUGGGUUGAAAAAAUUCCAAUAGGAAAUUCAGCAGUCGGAUUAUAUACAGGCAUUAUUCAGCUCCUUCUAUCUAGAACAGAAAUGUUGCAUGGAAAGUUUCAUUCAUCAUGUGAAAAGUCUCAGAGGUACGUCCCUGAAUGUUUCAGAACACAUCAACAUUUCUGUAGGUACUUCACGUUUCUUUUGACCAUUGGGAAACUAGCUUUUUAUACAUUGUUCAAUAAGAAAAAGGAGCACACAUUAGUGUUUGAUGGAAUUGUUGCUGAAAAAUAUAUGAAUCAAGAAGAUUUGAAAUCAAGCUGUCUAUCAGGAAUAUUAUCAGAAAGUAAAGUGAAGACUCUAAUAAGUGAAAGCUCUAAAAUCUCAUUUUCUCAUAAAACAGUGCAAGAAUACUUUGCGGCUAUAUUUAUAAGUUUUCAAAAUACAAGUGAAGUCCAGAGAAUCCUAUUUGAAGAGUGCAAUUGUUUACAAAAUAUGCUAGACAUGUCAAAAAUGUUUGUCUUCAUCAGUAACUUGAACCCUAAAUUAAUGUCGGCAAUAUCAAGUAAUCUAAUGCCUGUGAUAAACAAUGAUGAAAUAACAAGCAAAUACAGAACAUUCACAGGUUAUGAUUACAUGUACAUUGAUCCGUUACAAGACAUACAAGACAUGUACAUUUCUUGUGCAAAUGAAAGACAGGAAAACAAAGACCUCAAAUUGUGUUUACAAGAUUUCAUCAUUAAGGAAAAAUGUCAGCAAGAAAUCUACUUCAAACAAUUACAACACCUGUGUCAACACAAUAAAGAAAACAUAAAGUCAAUAAUGAUAGAAAAUAAAGGUAUUUGUAGUCUACAAGAAAUGAUCAAUUUGUUAACACUCUCUGACCUUCCACAUAUAGAAAAAAUAUACUAUAAAGGAGAAAUUGUUGAAGAGGAAAUAAUGAGCUUGUGUUUGAACCCUUUAAAAUGUUUAACUCUGGUAUCCAGUAAAUGGGAAAAUCAUAAAUUUGUAGGAAUACGAUGCUGGCUGUCUGAGGAGAUAAAUGGGCGACUAGUAAAAUUACAACACCUGGAACAUUUGCAUAUACAAGGUUUCACUAUGACCCACGAGGUAAUGAAUACAUUGUUAAAUGUACUCACUAGUCAAAAAUCAAUGAAAGAAAUUAGAUUGUACAGGUUAUACUGCAGUGAUCACAAGAAUUCUUCAUGUAGGGGAUUCGACCUUGACCUUUCUCAACAUUCACAUCUAAGAUGUUUAGGAUUGGGCCUGAUACCAGUGUCACAGUUAAACAUGGAUGUAUCGUUGUUAGAGGAAUGUCAUAUAGGUAAAUUGUAUAAACCCGGUGUUGUGUUAUCUUAUCUCAGUCAACUACCAGCAGCUAGUAAACUACAAACAUUUGGGUGUAGUGAUCUAGAAUCUUCCAGUGACAAAGAAUCAGUGUUACAAACAUUGCCAUUGUUACAUCAUAUGAAAAAUGUAAGGUUGUAUAAUAUCAAUCUAGGUAAAAGAUCAUUAACAUUGUCACCUCAAAUGAUCAAUAUUGAAUGUAUUGACUUGUUUUAUAUAAAAAUGUCUUGUUCAGUGUUAUAUGAUCUCAUUACUGUUAUAAGCAAACUACCACAUACAGUGUCAGUAUAUAUUGGGGGUUGUGAUAUAAAACCAGAAACAGAAUUUGAAAAUUUUAAAGCAUUUAUAAUACACUCAGACAAUUUUCUGGUCACACGUUUUGGCACCAAGGAGUCUGGAGUGUAUGUGUUUGAGUUCAAAACAAUAACAUAGUACUGAGUAACCUUAAAUGAACUUCCAUAAACAAUUUAUAAAUACAGAUGACCGUUGAAAUAGACAUCAUUUUUAUCAUGAAUCAGACUUUUAUAUCGAUAAGGAAAUGUGUACACAUACUCAAAGGUGCUAGUCGCAUUUAUUUGGCCCAAAAUAAUGAUGUUUAAUCUUCUUAUUCAUGUUAUAUUAUAUCAAUACAUUAGAAACAUUAAAAUAUAAUUAUUCUU